AUGAAGUAGAGGCAGUCUUUGCUUUCUCCGUCAACAAAUCACAUUGGAAAAAACAUUGGAAAAAUUCAAAUCCUUAUACCACAAACACAUGGCACUUAUAUGACUACCUAAGAAAAGCACCCAAAAAAAAAAAGUGGGAUCACAAAUAUGUCGAAGAAUCCGGGAGCAUUAUCAAAAGUGUAUAAAACAGUCAUUAGUUCAGUUGAUAGAUUUGUACCUGGAUUUGUGAGACCACUUUGGGAAUCGCCAGCGGGACCACGUACCGUGUUCUUUUGGGCACCUGUAUUCAAAUGGGGUCUCGUCUUAGCUGGAUUGGGUGACUCUUUAAGUCGUCCACCGCAAAAUAUAUCGUUAAAUCAAUGCGGUGCUUUGGCUGCCACUGGACUGAUUUGGUCUCGAUACUCAGUUGUGAUAAUACCAAAAAAUUAUAGUUUACUUUCGGUUAACUUGGCUGUGGCAAUAAUACAAUCAUAUUUGGUCUAUAAGCAUUUACAUUGGCGUGCACAAAAUGCCAGAAAUGCUGUCUACAAGCAUCCAAAUUAUUCACUAUGGAUGGAAGAUGAUUGGUAGAACGACCGAAAAAGAUCCAAAAAUGAUGUUCACAAAAUGAAAUUAGAGGCAUUGGCUUGGGCAUGUGACUGAAAAUAAAAGUUGAAUAAACUAUAUAAACUAAAUUACAA